UCCGCAGAGCAUUCCCAGAGCAGGGUAGAAGUUUCAUCUCUCUCUCUCUCUCUCUCUCUCUCUCUCUCUCUCUCUCAAUGGCUGUUUCUAGCUUUGUUUCAAUGUCUAUCCUGGUUGUGCUCUUGGGUUUCUGUAUGGGUCUUGUACUGGUGAGUUCCAUUGGCUCAUCGAAGUUUGAUGAACUAUACCAGCCGGGCUGGGCUCUUGAUCAUUUCAUAUACGAAGGGGAGCUUCUCAAGCUCAAACUAGACAAUUAUUCGGGUGCUGGGUUUUCAUCCAAAAGCAAAUACAUGUUUGGGAAAGUCACGAUUCAGAUCAAACUUGUAGAGGGUGACUCUGCUGGGACUGUUACUGCCUUCUAUAUGUCAUCGGAAGGUUCAAAUCACAAUGAGUUUGAUUUCGAGUUCCUGGGCAAUACCACUGGCGAACCCUAUCUUGUCCAGACCAACUUGUAUGUCAAUGGGGUGGGCAACAGGGAACAGAGGCUAGGCCUCUGGUUCGACCCCACUCAGGACUUCCACUCCUACUCUCUCCUCUGGAACCAGCGCCAAGUUGUAUUUCUUGUGGAUGACACCCCGAUUCGGGUUUUCACCAACAUGGAGAACAAAGGGCUACCCUUCCCAAAGGACCAGCCCAUGGGCGUGUACAGCUCAAUCUGGAACGCGGACGACUGGGCGACACAGGGGGGAAGGGUGAAGACCGAUUGGAGUCAUGCCCCCUUUAUAACCUCCUACAGAGGAUUCUCCAUCGACGCUUGCGAGUGCCCGGUCUCCAUGGCCGCCGCCGAUAAUGCCAAGAAGUGCGGCAGCAGCGGAGAGAAGAGGUUCUGGUGGGACGAGCCCACUUUGGCCGAGCUGAGCCUGCACCAGAGUCACCAGCUCCUCUGGGUUAAAGCCAAUCACAUGGUCUACGAUUACUGCACCGACACCGCCCGAUUCCCGGUCAUCCCUGCCGAGUGCCUCCACCACAGCCACAGUCACAGCCACAGCCACAGCCACAUCCACAGCCACCGCCAUUAGUGGCGGCGAGAUGCAAUUACGGACUUUGCAGGGCUUUUGUGUAUACAUUGUAGAAAAAGGGUUGGGGAGGGGGGUGUCGGGUGGGAUCGAGAAUUUCAGGUUCAUAGACAUGAGCUCCAUGUUUGAUGGUAUUGGGAUGCAUAUGGUGUUUGGUGCAGAAUGUAAGAUAUUGGUGAUGGGUUAAUUGAAAUUCCAUUUUUAAAAA